AUGGUGGUGGGUGACGAAUGGCCGUGGCAGCGGUGGAAUAACGAUGGUAGCAUUGGCAUAAGGAUGGCCAAAAGGCUCGAGGCAUUUGGCUGCAUCAUAGCCUACAACUCGAGGAGGAAAAAGCCACAUGUUUCAUAUCGUUGUUACGAAGAUGUUCAUGACCUUGCAACUAACAGUGAUGUUCUAAUUGUUUGUUGCGCAUUGACAAGUGAAACCCACCACAUAAUUAACAAGGAUGUCAUGGAAGCUCUGGGAAAGAAAGGAGUCAUCGUUAAUGUUGGUCUAGGGACUCUUGUCGAUGAGAAAGAAUUGGUACAGUUUUUGGUGCGAGGUGAAAGCGGAGGUGCAGGCCUUGAUGUGUAUGAGAAUGAACCUAAUGUUCCAGAAGAGCUCUUUGCAAUGGAUAAUGUUGUUUUAUCUCCACAUAAAGCUGUUGCAACUCCAGAAUCCUUUGUAGCAUUGCAAGAAGUAAUUAUCGGCAACUUAGAAGCUUUCUUUUCCAAUAAGGCUUUGCUUUCACAGGUUGAGCUUUAG